AUGGACUGCACAGAAGCCGACAGGCUGGUGCAACAGCUCGCCACGGGCUUCAACACACUGCAAGAUGAAUACCAAAAGCUUUACGAGCAACACCAGGCGCUGGAGAUCAAGUUGGAAAGAGCCAGAGAUCUGUACAACGAGGUAUCUAGACUCUACGGUACUGGCGCUUCAACAACUCCACCACUAAGUCUCGCGUCUUCGCAAGCGAAACGACCCCGGAACUUCAAGGGCGUGUCCAGCGUGGCGGAGGUUCUGGAGCAGCGGGCAGACGACUCUUCGCAAACCGCUGGAGCGCAAGUUCGACUAGCCAGUCAAGCAGCUGCGGCUCUACAUCAGGGCCUUCCGAAGCCUCAAGACACCACCGCUUCCGGCGUGAAGAUAUGGUCUGGUCGCUCAGCCGACAGGCCAGAAGCCAGCAGCUCAAUGAUGCCCUCGAUUUCGGAGUCGCCACUAGAGCAAGACUUCACCAUAGAAGGCGUGCCGAGCAAGCUCGGAUGCCCGUUCGCGAGCAUGGCGGGCAAGAAGCUGUCGUCACACGCGGCCAGCGUCUUGAGCAGAUACCACACCAACAGCGGUGGCCCUACCACCAGUCCGUCUAUCACGUCAGCACCCCGGGUGAAUGGAAAGGACAGUCUACAAGCACGCAAAGCGAGCGGCGGCGACAGAAGAUCAAGUUUUGUAGAUCCUAUCAAAGCAGAGAUCUGUGGCCUCUCCGACCAUGAUGAAGUCUUAGAAGACACUGAACAAGCGACGAAGGAUGCUAUGGCACAGCAAGCCAGUGCUGAAGCUGGUGUCUGUCCGAUCAGAUUCCUGGAUCAGCAUACCCCAGAAGAGAUCGCUGUGUACUUCGACAAGCACAAGCACGAACUACCACGAUCCCACGAAGUCUGCGUGAAGAGGUAUCAGAGCAAUGAACAGCAGAUCCGAGAACUGGAUCAGAAGUAUGGCAACUUGGUAUCGAUGAUCCAAGGGCUAGGAGCGAAGCAUAAGGGGAUGCUGCCAGAAGAUCCUGAUGAGAAUGAUGCUGACGAUGGAGGCGGGCAGGCUGGCGACACAGCAGAGGCAGAAAAGAUACAGAGAUGGGCGAGCAGUGUCUCACCGAUGCAAAACGGGAAUUCAGCAGAACAGGAGGCAGAGGAGCGCCAGCCUCACUUUGACCGCCCGCUCCGCGACAUCCGUGUAGGCGAAUCGCCCAGCCGGCCAUGGGGACUGUCAGUACCGGCAAAGUAUGUCGAAGCUGUUGAGAGCGAUACCAGCAGUCGUCCAGCUGAGGUGGCUGCGGAGCCUGCUCGACAGCCGCAAAUCGAUCAGGCCAACAGGGCAAAAGAAACUCCCAAGUGUCCCUUUGGACACACUUCUGCCGGAGAAAGGAUGCGUAAGGCGCCUGACACUGCCAACGCCCAGCCUGCGUUCGUUACCACGAAAGCGGAUGCUGGCGAGAAGGAGACCAGGGGGGAUAACUCUGCGGAGAAGAAGCCGCAAAUGGUCUUCACUGGACCGGUGUUCAUUGGAUAUAGUGCUGAAGAUGCCGCAAAGAUAUUAACACAGAGCGGACUGGGAGGCGGAUGA